CUCUUACUUCAUCCUCUCACAACACAAUGGAAACUUUUUGUCUCCAGUGUGGCCAUCGAGGUUUUCCAGAGGCAUUGGUUUUUUGCACCAAGUGUCAGGCUUAUGCUCUGCAUAGGUACUGUUUAGACGGGCCUGUGAUUUUUACUGAUGAUGUUACAUGGUUUUGUGAAGAUUGUGAAGCAAAGCUAGUAGUGCCACCUUCUCUUGACCAAUCUAAACCUCUCUUAUCUGAAACAAAUAACUCCAAAAAUUUGGAAAAGAAUGCAAUCCAAGCCAGAAGUAAACUAAAAAAGUACAUAAAGAAAUUGAAAAAAAGCAAUAAACAGCAAAAAAGGAAGAUUGAAGAGAAGCAGAAGAAAGGAGAAGUUAACUCUGGCUUAGUUGCUAAAACAAAGAACCUGUCAGCUGAUAGUCGCAAUUUAUCUGAGCUUGAGCAUCCUCAACGUAGUAUAACCUGUGAAGAAGUAAGCAAGUUAAAAAAUGAGUGUGGACCAGCUCCAAGGGAAGUAACUAAUUCUGAUCUAGGUUCCAAAUGUGUUCCAGCUUCUCAAGGAGCUACAACCAAUGAUUUAACUUGUAUAGAAUUAGAUGGUCAUGUUGAUGCACAGCCUAUCAUUGAUCCAAUCUGGAGGGGAAGUUUGUACUUGUGUGAUGAAACUAUUGGUACUGUCAGUGGACUUCUGGCCCAUUUGUCCAAUUUAGCAUGCUCCAAAGUUGUGGAGGAGACAGUACUCAUCCCAGAUGUGCUUCAUGCUGAAUUGCUUCCCAGAUCUAUGGUGUGGCCUAGAGGUUUCAUGAAUGGGGGGCCAACCGAUAAGAGCAUUGCCCUUUUUUUCUUUCCUGACAGUGAAAGAGCCGAAAAGGUAUUUGAUGUGUUGGUUGAUCAUAUCAUUCAGCUUGAACUUGCCUUAAGAUUUAUGGCUGAAAAUGCAGAGCUUUUAAUUUUCCCUUCUACGGUGCUUCCAAUACAAUAUUGGAGAUUUCAAGCCAAGUAUUAUUUGUGGGGUGUCUUCAGAAAAAAGCAAACUUGAUAUUAGAUGAAUGGUGCUUUGUGCAUAGAGAAUGCUGUUGUUGAUAAAGCUCUAAACUUAGCAUAACCAUAGUCCAUUGAAUCCUUUGAGGUAUCGUGGUGACUAUGAUGCUAAUGCAUAAUCCAUUGAAUACUUAGAGCAAUAGUGGUAACUAUGAUUCUAAGGCUUAGACCAUCGAUACUUUGAGGGUGAUGGGACUUUGGAAUGACCAGGAUGCAUGAAAGCAAGAGCUGGGAUGGCUCAUGGAUGGUAGUGGUACCCUUUUUGUGACUUCAUUCAAUGUUCAAGAGAGAUGCUAACAUGUUGACCCAAAAAAAAGGAAAGAUGCUAACAUAGUAGGUAUAAAUGUUCCAAAAACCCUUUGAAACUGCAUUCACAGCGUUACCCUUUUUGUCCCACAUUGGGGCGUUUGUUCAACAGCCCAAGUGUUAUUUUGCUAAACUCUUGGUGUACUUGUAAUGUUUCUCAUCACAAUGUUACUUAUUUAAGGAAGCAAUUUUGCAUUUAGCUUUUGGUCUAUGUUCAGAAGUUCUAUAGAUGAUGAGGUAUCUAAACUCUACUUUGGUUCUAUGCAUACAAGCAUGUGCCUAAAUAGGUGGAAACUCUGCAAUAUGCUGAUUAAUAGCUUUACUAAUAACCCAUCUAAAUCUAUGUUGGGCAA